AGAAGAGCUAAAGACACACAAAAAAAAAAAAAAAGAGAAAAGAGUGUUAAACCCUAAGCCCUUCUUCCCCAAGCCGCAAACUUCAUCUCGAGAACACUAGACUCUUAGCUCCUGGAAUUUUAUUUGCUAAGUUAAAUCCCUGCAGUUUGAUUCAACGACGGAGACAAUGAAGGUGGUGGCUUUAGUCAGCGGCGGCAAAGAUAGCUGUUAUGCAAUGAUGAAAUGCAUCCAAUAUGGCCACCAGAUUGUUGCUGUAGCUAAUUUAUUACCAGCUGAUGAUUCAGUGGAUGAGUUAGAUAGCUACAUGUAUCAAACUGUAGGGCACCAAAUAAUUGUAAGUUAUGCAGAAUGCAUGGGAGUUCCAUUGUUCAGAAGGCGAAUACAAGGAUCCACAAGGCAUCAGAAACUUAGCUACAGAACGACACCAGGUGAUGAAGUUGAAGAUAUGUUUAUUUUGUUAAAUGAAGUUAAGAAACAGAUACCUUCAAUCACAGCAGUUUCUUCUGGUGCAAUUGCAUCGGAUUAUCAAAGGCUAAGGGUGGAAAGUGUCUGUUCAAGGUUAGGGCUUGUUUCUCUGGCAUAUUUGUGGAAACAAGAUCAAUCAUUUCUUCUCCAAGAAAUGAUAACGAAUGGCAUUGUGGCUAUCACAGUCAAGGUUGCAGCCAUGGGGUUGGACCCUGCAAAGCACUUGGGCAAAGAAAUAGCAUUCUUGAAACCUUAUCUGCAUAAACUGAAAGACUUGUAUGGAAUAAACGUAUGUGGUGAGGGAGGGGAAUAUGAAACUUUGACUCUUGACUGCCCACUCUUCCAUAAUGCUCGAAUCACGGUUGAUGAAUCCCAAGUUGUGCUGCACUCUUCAGAUUCCAUUGCUCCAGUUGGGGUGCUACAUCCAUUGAAAUUUCACUUGGAAAGAAAGGCAAAGUCCAACUCAAUAAGUGGUAAUGACAAAAGCAAUGAUCUUUGUCUGGAGAAUAUCAGUUCUGUAUUUGAAGUGCAAGGAGAAAACCCACUAGAAUGCAAGGCGCCUUGCGAGUCUGUUCCUGAAGCUAGUGACUUAGUUGAAGUGUCAAGUCAUAGGCUUCACCUCUCUAAAACAGAAAAAGAUGAUACAUUUUCUAUUUGUUGCUGGUUGCAAGAUCCAUCAGAACCUUCUGCAGGUUUACAGGAAGAUUUGAAGCUGAUCCUUAGGCAAAUUGAGUUGCAACUUCAAGGAUGUGGUUUUGGUUGGGAGCAUGUGCUUUAUAUCCAUCUCUAUAUUUCCGAUAUGAAUCAAUUUAAUCUGGCAAAUGAGACAUAUGUGAGAUUUAUUACCCAGGACAAGUGCCCUAAUGGUGUUCCAUCACGAAGUACUAUUGAAUUGCCUUUAAUUCAAGCGGGUUUAGGGGGAGCAUAUAUUGAAGUACUAGUGGCCAAUGAUCAGAGCAAAAGAGUUUUGCAUGUUCAAAGUAUUUCAUGCUGGGCACCAAGUUGCAUUGGACCAUAUAGCCAGGCAACUUUGCAUAAGGAGAUACUUCACAUGGCUGGUCAGUUGGGACUCAAUCCACCUACGAUGACUCUUUGUGGUGGAGGCCCCACUGCAGAACUUGAGCAGGCACUACAAAACUGUGAGGCAGUAGCAAAAUGCUUUAACUGCUCAAUAUCUACUUCUGCUAUUAUUUUUGUGGUUUACUGCUCGACAAAUAUUUCAUCAGAUGAGAGACCCAAAAUCCAUGACAAGCUGGAUUCAUUUCUGAAACAAAUUAAGCUUUCUCAUUUGGAUGAAGGGAGAAAACCGAAAGUGCUUGAUCCUAUUUUUCUUUAUGUCCUAGUUCCAGAUCUGCCAAAAGGAGCACUUGUAGAAGUAAAGCCUAUUCUUUAUGUCCCAGAGACAUCAGAAACGACUGAAGAAACUUUGAAUGACCUUUCUGGUGUAAUGGCACCCAGUUAUUUUGGUUUCCAACCUGCAGACUGGCAUGAUUCUUGUAUUCAGAAAUUUGUCAUUCAUGGAAAGAUAUGUGCAGUUGUUUUGUCUAUCACAAGUGCAGUUGCCCUGAAGAUUUGUUCUGAUUCUAUGAAUGCUGAUUGGAGCAAUGGGAAUCAUCACAAUUAUCUCACAGCGGGCCAAAUGAAAAGAAUAUCUAGAUUCUGCAUCUAUGUUCUUGACAAAAUCAUUAUGGAAAAUGGUUUCUCUUGGAAAGACACCAUGAGUUUGAGAUUCUACUACCCACCAAACCUUCUUGUGCCUUUGGAGACAUUGUCACUUUUGUUCACAGACGCAUUUAAGGAACUUGAUCAGAUGAGUGGUAGUGCUAAAGUUGGCGGGAAGUCCAUCUUCAAUGUUGUUCCUGUCCUAGGUGCUGGAAAGUAUGCUGCAUGCACAGAAGAUAUAAUCACCUGUGAGCUGUUCGCCCGGAAAUCUUGACCCGCUACUUCAAGUAGCAUCAUCUUUGUGCUCCAAGGGAUGGAUUAGUUUACAGAAAGAAACGAUUCAUUCUCGAAAGUUAAAAAGGAAUACUGAAACAGUCACCCUGGUGUGCUUUGCUUUUGAAGGGGAAAUUCUAUCGGUCAAUUCAUUUGUAAGAUUUCAUGACAAUCAAUCUCUCACAUUACCAGGUACAAAUAAGUAGUAAUCUACUUGCAAGGAAUAUAAAGAAUCUUGAUAAA